AUGGCCUCGAUCUUUGCAUCUGGCCUGAAGGACCCUAGCCUCUUCGUCGAGAAGACAUUCAUCGACAGGCAGUGGGUACCCUCCUGUUCUAAUGUGACGUUUAAUAUUUAUAAUCCUGCGUCCGAAGCGCUCGUUGGAACUUGCCCUGAAUCGAACGCAGAAGACCUUAAUGACGCCAUUCAAGCAGCUGCCCGAGCAUUCCCAACAUGGCGGACGUUGUCCGAGAGACAACGGGGCCGUAUUCUGCGCCGCUUGACAGAUCUUUUGUUUUUCGAAGGGUUCGCUGAAGAGGCGCCGCGCAUCUACGGGGAUGUCCUGCCACACAGCAAUCCUACCAGCCGCACGCAGGUGCUCAAGGAGCCCGUCGGCGUCUGUAGUCUUAUUACACCGUGGAACUUCCCUAUCGCCAUGGGAGCGCGCAAAGUGGCCGCCGCAUUAGCUGCUGGGUGUACCGUGGUGCUGAAGUCGGACGGAUUGACGCCGUUUGCCUCCAACGUGAUGGCGGCGCUGGGAGAGCGAGCCGGCGUGCCUCGGGACCUCUUCAAUGUCGUAACGGCCUUGACCAGCACACCCUCCCUCGGUCGGUUGCUCUGCGAGUCCGAAAUUUUGAAAAAGAUCUCGUUCACAGGUUCCACUCGCGUGGGCCGUCUUCUCAUGCAACAAUCCAGCCAGACCUUGAAGAAAUUGAGUCUGGAACUGGGGGGCAAUGCCCCGUUUAUUGUCUUCGAUGACGCCGAUGUCGAGACCGCAGUUGGUAGCGCUCUAAUCAGCAAAUUCAAAGUGACAGGCCAGACCUGCGUCUGCGCCAAUCGUAUAUUUGUCCAACAAGGAAUCUACGAUCGCUUCAGCCAGCGACUGGUGCAAGAAGUGCAGAAGUACGUGGUUGGAAACGCCCUAGAGGAUGCCUCACAUAUUCAAGACGCUGUAGGCAAGAAGGCCACUGUCCUCCUAGGGGGAAACCGCCUGCCUGCUUUGGGGCCCAACUUCCACGAGCUCACCAUUCUGGGCGACGUCGAUGACUUGAUGCAGGUGGCUAGAGAGGAAACCUUCGGUCCGCUGGCGGCACUGGCUAGAUUCUCAACCAAGGAUGAAGUGGUGCGGCGGGCCAACGACUGCGACGUGGGUUUAGCUUCUCAUCUCAUUACAAAUGACCUAGCCAAGGCGCAUCGUGUGUCCCAAAGGCUAGAGGUCGGCAUGGUGGCCAUCAAUACCGGUGUGAUUUCUGACGCUGCGACACCGUUUGGUGGUGUUAAAUACUCGGGGAUGGGGCGUGAGGGCAGCAAGUAUGGGGUAGAAGAAUACCUGAGCGUGAAGAUGGUUGUCACUGGUGGAAUCAACACGGUGCAUACUGCUCAUCUGUAA